AAGGGACAGGGAGGAUUGGCGGGGCGAAAGGCGGAGAAACCCAGGGUAGCAGGACAAGGGGAAGGGGAGGGAUGCCCGGGAACCUGAGGCCCUAGGAUGGAGAGGGGGAUGAAGCAGGCCAGGUUUGAAAUAAACAGGGGAAGGGGUAGGACGGCAAUGAGGAGGGGCGCCUGGGAGAGAAGUGAGGUUGAAGACGAAAAGGAGAGUGUGGUUUGGGGGAAGGGAACCCAGAGCAGGUAUGGAGGCCGCAGCCCAGAGGGUAGCUCUGGGGCCAGGCUGGAGACCCCGUGGGUGGGAUUGAGGGGCGGGACUGGAGGAGGGAAACCGGGAGCCUCCCAAAUCCUGGAGAAGGAAGAAGGUGAUCUGGGCCAUCAGUGAGGGGCCAGGGGCUGGAAUAGGGGUGGACCGAGGCCCAGGCCCAGAGGACUGGAGGGGGGACAGCAGGGAAUAGAGGUGGAUGAAUGGGUGGAUGGUAUUUUAGAUGCUCAACCAGAAUGCCCCCUACCCUUCCUUCAGCACCCCCACCCUGCCCUGGUCACCUCCCCCCAAGCCUCAGGGCCCAAGAGGGGUUGGGGAGUCUGUCUCCCUCUUCCCCAGUGGGGUGCAAUGUACGCAAGUAGGCCCUGGGCACAACUCCUUGUCUGUAGGUGUGUCCAGUUCUGUGUAGCAGAUUUGUGUGUGUCUGGAUGUCUGUGUGUGUCUGUGGGUGUGUCGGCGGGUGUUUGUGUGUGUCUGCCUCUUCCUAGGUUAGUGUUUACCUGUGCCGGUCCUCGGUCUGUGGCUCGGAGGUUUGUGUGUCUGAACGUGUCUGUCACUGCGGGGUUGAUCUACGUGUGUGCGGCCUGUCUGUGCUGUAUCAGGAUGAGACUCUGUUGACAUGAUCUCCCUGGAGUGUUUGUAUCUCUGAACACCUUUGUCAGGGUGUCACUCAGUGUUUGUCUGUGAGUCCUAAAGGCUGUGUUGGGUUUUCUGUGCCUCUCUGUCUUGUUUUCCUCUCUGAGGACCCAAAUCACAUCCCUUCGCCUUUUUGUCUUUCUCAUUCAUUCCUGGCCCCCCACCCACCCCACAUCUUUCUUUUCUUUUUCCCCCCUCCCCAUCAAGUGGAUCCGGGACCCAGGGAGGGCCGUCCCCCGGGCCUGGUGGCGCUGAGCAGGGACCCCCAGCCCCCACCUCCUGCCCCACGACAUGAACCUCCUCUACCGAAAAACCAAGCUGGAGUGGAGGCAGCACAAGGAGGAGGAGGCCAAGAGGAGCUCCAGUAAGGAGGUGGGUCCCGCAGGCCCGGCAGGGCCCGGGACUGGCCCAGGGCCCGGGGUCCGAGUGCGGGACAUUGCCUCGCUGCGCCGCUCCCUCAGGAUGGGCUUCAUGACGAUGCCCGCCUCCCAGGAGCACACCCCCCACCCCUGCCGCAGCGCCAUGGCCCCACGUUCACUCUCCUGCCACUCCGUGGGCAGUAUGGACAGUGUGGGGGGUGGGCCUGGAGAUGGCGGUGGGGGUCUCACAGAGGACAGCAGCGCCCGGAGACCCCCAGCCAAGCCUCAGAGACACCCCAGCACCAAGCUCAGCAUGGUGGGGUCAGGGGCAGAGAUGCCCCCCACCAAAAAAGCAGGCUCACAGAAGCUGACCCCAGAGAGCCGAGAAUCUAGCCGGAAGGUUCCUCCACAGAAGCCCAGGCGAAGUCCCAACACCCAGCUCUCUGUUUCCUUCUAUGAGUCCUGCCCUCCAGCCCCUUCUCCUCGAGGAGGGAACCUACCCUUCCAGCGCCUCAGUAGGGGGUCACACGUAACAGGGGACCUUGAUGUGGGUGCCCAGGAAGAAGAGCCCGUGUACAUUGAGAUGGUGGGGGAUGUCUUCAGGGGAGGAGGAAGAAGUGGAGGAUGUCUGACUGGGCCCCCUCUUGGGGGUGGAGGCCCAACCCCUCCAGCUGGCCCCGACUCAGACUCUGAAGAGAGUGAGGCCAUAUAUGAGGAGAUGAAAUACCCGCUGCCGGAGGAGGCAGGAGAAGGCCGGGCCAAUGGGCCCCCCCCACUGACAGCAACCUCCCCACCACACCAGCCUCCUGUCCUUCAGUCCCAUGCCCACCGCCGUCCAGCUUCAGCCCUCCCGAGCCGGAGGGAUGGAACACCCACCAAGACCACUCCUUGUGAAAUCCCCCCACCUUUCCCCAACCUCCUUCAGCACCGCCCUCCACUCCUGGCCUUCCCCCAAGCCAAGUCUGCUUCCCGAACCCCUGGCGAUGGGGUCUCAAGGCUACCGGUCCUCUGCCACUCCAAGGAGCCAGCUGGCUCCACCCCAGCUCCCCAAGUGCCUGCACGGGAGCGGGAGACGCCUCCCCCACUGCCUCUGCCUCCUGCUGCCAACCUGCUGCUGCUGGGACCGUCGGGCAGGGCCCGGAGCCACUCGACACCUUUGCCACCCCAGGGCUCUGGCCAGCCCCGGGGUGAGCGGGAGCUCCCCAACUCCCACAGCAUGAUCUGCCCCAAGGCGGCGGGGGCGCCGGCAGCCCCCCCUGCCCCGGCCGCCUUGCUUCCUGGGCCGCCCAAGGACAAGGCCGUGUCUUACACCAUGGUGUACUCGGCAGUCAAGGUGACCACGCACUCUGUCCUGCCAGCCGGUCCGCCCCUGGGUGCUGGGGAACCAAAGACUGAGAAGGAGAUCUCAGUUCUCCAUGGGAUGCUGUGCACCAGCUCGAGGCCUCCUCCCAUGCCAGGGAAGUCCAGCUCCCACAGCAGUGCCAUGGGGGCAGCAGCUGGGGUCCUCCACCACCGAGGUUGCCUGGCCUCUCCCCACAGCCUUCCAGACCCAACUGCAGGCCCUUUGACCCCCCUCUGGACCUACCCAGCUGCAGUAGCUGGGCUCAAGAGACCCCCUGCCUAUGAGAGCCUCAAGGCUGGGGGGGUGCUGAAUAAGGGCUGUGGAGUGGGGGCCCCGUCCCCCAUGGUCAAGAUCCAGCUGCAGGAGCAAGGGCCCGAUGGGGGUGCCUUCGCCAGCAUCUCCUGUGCCCACGUCAUCACCAGUGCAGGGACACCAGAGGAGGAAGAAGAGGAGGAGAUGGGUGCCACCACAUUUGGGGCAAGCUGGGCUCUGCAGAGGAAGGUCCUGUAUGGAGGGAGGAAGGCAAAGGAGCUGGACACAGAAGCCGAGGAGGGUGCCCGGGCCUGGAACGGCAGUGUGGAGGGUCCAGGCAAGGUGGAGCGUGAGGACAGGAGCCCUGUGGCAUCAGGGAUCCCAGUGAGGAGCCAGGGGGCAGAGGGCCUGAUGGCCAGGAUCUACCAUGGAGGGGACCGAGGAGGGAGCCGCACAGCGCUGCCCAUACCCUGCCAGACCUUCCCCGCCUGCCACCGCAAUGGAGGUGACACCCUUCCUGAAGACGCACGGAUGGGGCUGGCUUGGGAGGAUCCCCGAGGGUCCAGUCCUUGGACUUACUAUAUGCCCUGUACAAAAGCAUGUCCUAGGCCCCGAAUCUUAAUACCACAUCUGCAUCCCCUUUCCUUCUCUGACUUCGCGGGAGGCUACCGCCUGGGGCGCUCUGCCUCCACCUCUGGAGUCCGGCAGGCCGUGCUCCAUACACCCCGGCCCUGCAGCCAGCCCAGGGACGCCCCGAGCCAGACCCCCCCUGCGCUGCCGCUGCCGCUGCCGCUGCCGCUACCCCUGCCCCCUCAGCCCGCCCGCGAGCGGGACGGCAAGCUGCUGGAGGUGAUCGAGCGGAAGCGCUGUGUCUGCAAGGAGAUCAAAGCGCGGCACCGGCCGGACCGAGGCCUGUGCAAGCAGGAGAGCAUGCCCAUCCUCCCCAGCUGGCGGCGGGGGCCUGAGCCCCGCAAGUCUGGCACCCCGCCCUGCCGCCGGCAGCACACGGUCCUCUGGGACACUGCCAUCUGAGGAGGCCGGGGCGGGCACCUGGACUGGGGAGUGGGGCGGGCCGUGCCCGGUCUCUCCUGGGAGAUUUGCCUUGAAAGACGCUUGAAAGACUAGGUGAGAGAGAGCCAGGGAGACCCCCCUGCCCUCCACCCCAGCCCCCAGAGACGGGAAGUCUGCCAGGCUCAUUGGGUUUGGGGCGCCAGCAGCAAAUUUGGGGGAAGAGAAAGGUUUGCUUGAGGUUGGGAGUGAAGCCCUCUGCUGCUGUCCCCACUGGGCGCAGUAUACCCCUCCCCCUGAGAGGGCAAAGGCCAAGCCAGAGUCCAAGCAGGUGGGAAGGGGAGAGGGGAUAGGGAGGAAGAAGGGGGAUGAAUCAAAUGAAAGAGGGAGUAGCCAGUAAGAGGUAGUGGAGCUCUUUUUAUAGAGUCGGGAAGGGGGAAGGGGUAUUUAUUUUGUUAUUUAUUAGUUUGGAGGGUAAUUCUGGGUCCUUCUUACCUACUCCCAAACAGGGAGUGGGGCGUUGAGGCAAUUAAAUGGAACCAAGUUUGCACUCUCCCCAUGUCUAAAGGCCCCACCAUCUGUGCCCACUCCAAUGCUAGGGCCUGGGGAGUGGAGUGGGAUGAAGGGAGGGGCUCAGGUGAGCUGAGGGCAGCAGGCUCAUUUACAUACAGUAUUUACAAUGUGCCAGAAUUUGGUAGUGCGUGUGCCCUGCUCGGAAAGAAAGGCAUCUUAUUUAGCUCUGGGGUGAGGGUCUAGUGCCAGGGAUGGGGGGGAUGAUGGGGAAGGAGGGAAAUUUCAGUGGGUGGGGGGUGGGCAGGGUAUUUAUUUAAAUUAAAAAAAAAAAAGAUGUCAGGAACUUUUUUUUAAUUCCUUUCUUUUCAGAAUAAUAUAUUAAAAGACUAAUUGAUCCUAGAAUUGGCUUCUUAUAUUUCACAGUGUUCUCUGCUUGUCUUAAAUUUGUUUCUUUUUCCAUCUUGCCCUUGGUUGGUGGGAGUUGAAGGUUGCUUGGGGAGGGAUGAGUGGCUGUGGCGAGUAUCAGGGAGCAGUGGCAUUUGAGGUAAGUCUUUGGGAGUGCCACCAAGCGGUGACUCAAUAAGUGUUUACUGGGCAUCUGAUGUGUGCCCAAUAUUCAGAUGUGAAGCCUGCCCUCAAGCAGCUUAUAGCCUACUCAGGGAGAGAAGAGACCCGAGACAACAAACAAUACUGCAGGAUAAGAGAGGGACAGGGCUGGAAUCAUCAAAGAAGGCUUCUUGGAAAGUGAGCCCAAAAGGACAGGUAAGGUUUGGAUGAGCAGAUGGGGAGAGGGAAAGCCCAAGGCCACACGAUAUGACUGCAGAACACUAGGAGAUGGGGAGGGAAGGGAAGUUUGUUUCAGUAAUGCAGAGGGCAACGAAGAGUCAUCACAAGUUGAUGAGCAUGACGGGACAUGAUGAGGCUGGUUCAGAAAGAUGAGCCUCAAAGGAGAAUGCUGGUCUUCGGAAGGAAUCCCGCUGGGUGGUGAACAAAUCACCAGGGGUGAAGAUAGGGAGGGUGUGCCGGAGAAUGGAGGGCAAGGGAGAGUAGGAAAACAUCAGGAUGAGGACGGAAGAGCCCAUGUGAUUGGGAAAAUGGUGUCACCUUGACAGAGUAAAGAAAGUGAGUUGAAAGUGAAGGAAGAACACUGAAGCAAUGAUGAAUGUUCUGGUCUGUUACCAGCUAGAAUAGAGUUUCAGAAAAAGGUGGGCAGUGCAAGAGAUGAUAAGUGGUAUGAAGAACAUUUUUUUAAACUUAGUUAUCUGUUUAUUUUCAUUCAUAUUAGAAAAAGGUAUAACUAGCCAUCAGACUUGUUAUUUCAUGGAUAUUAUUGGUCAGGAUGAAGCCAGAUUUAUUUCUAAUGAAUUGGUAUACACAUACGAAAAAUUAAGACACAGGAAUGAGAAUUUCUGAAAUUUAGCAAACACCAAGGUAGAGGUAAAAUGAUGAGAGUUUGGGAGAGAAGACAAGAUGUGGACAUUGGUAGUCAUCAAUAUAGAAAUGGUACUUGAAGACAUGACCUAGAGCUCUAUAAGGGAAACGAUGGCUAGAGAUAAGAAAGGGGACUGCUUACAAAAUAUAAAUGAGCAAUAGCUUUUAUAUAACUAGUUAGAAAUUUAAUGGAAGGAAAUAUCCCAUUCAUAAGAGCAACAAAAGCCAUAAAAUACCUAAAAUUAACUGAAAUAAAUGUACAGGAGCGAUUUUCAAUCAAUUAAUAAAACUAAGCUUUCCAAUUACUUCAAAAAGGGAGACUUGAAUAAGCAAAGAGUAAUAACUUGUUCUUAGAUAGGAAGACACGAUAAUAUAAAAGAUGUCAGUUUCCCUAACUCCACAAAUUCAGGGCAGUUUUUAAAUCCCCAAGUGAUUGGGAAACUUGGGAAAAUAAUUUGAAAUUCCAUCUAGAAUGUUAAUGAGAAAAGGCAGAGCAUUCUGAAAGAGAAGAAUAAUGGGGAUAUCUCUCAUUACUAAAAAUGCUAAAACUUGAAAGAAAACCACAGAGUACUGAUAUUGGCACAGGACUGGCACAAUAUAUCAGAAAAAAGAGAGUAAAGAGAUUCAAAUCACAUGGGAAUUUAGUAUGUAUAUGAUAAAGGUGGUAUUUUAAAUGGGAAAAGAUUAAUUAGUUAAUCAUUGUUUUUUGAACAGUUAACAGUCUCUGGGUACCACAAAUGGUUAAGCACUCCUAUACUAACCAAAAGAUUGCAGUUCAAAUUCCUCCAGAGGUGCCAUGGAAGAAAGGCCUGGCAGUCUAUUUACAAAAGGCCACAGCCAUUGAAUGACAUAAAGCCACAGUGUUGGUAGUGGCAUAGGACUGGCACAAUCCAUCAGAAUACAGAGUUCAGGAAGAGACCCAAAUCACAUGGGGAUUUAGCACGUAUAGGAUAAAGGUGUUAUUUUAAAUUGUCAGGGAAAAGAUUGUUAUUUAAUUUUUUAAAAACUAUUUUACUGUGAUUUUGGAGAAAUUUUACAUGGCAACUGAAGUUCUCAUUUCACAAUUUCUACACAUUCAAUGACAUUGGUUACACUUUUUACAGGGUGUCAGCAUUUUCAUUUUUUCCAUUCUGGUUCUGUUUCCAUUAAACUAGCUUCCUUGUCCCCCUUACCUUCUUGUCUUUGGUCUAGAAAAAAGGUAGACUGUUAGGUCUUACUUAAAUGAUUGUUUAGAGGAGCACAGUACUUCUGGGUGAUAGUAUUUAUUUUAUGAGCCAUUCUGUCUUUUGGCUGAGAGGUGACUUCCUGGAAUAGUUUAAGUUCCAAGCUUAAAGGGUAUCCCAGGGCAAUAGUCUUGGGGGUGCCUCUAGUCUCUACCAGUCUAGUGAAUCUGGCCUUUUUUAGGAAUUUGAGUUUUGCUCUACAUUUUUCCCCAUUCUAUUUGGGACUAUCUAUUGUCGCUGGUCAGAACAGUGAGUAGUGGUAGCCAGGCACCAUCUAGUUCAUCUGGCCUCAAGGUAGGUGAUGCCAUGGUUCACGCAGACUAUUAGUUCUGUAGACUAGUUUCUUCUUUGAGACUUAGGUUUCCUUUUGCUCCAGGUGCAUGGAGACCAAUAGUUGUAUCUUAGAUGGCUGCUCACAAGCUUUAAAAACCCCAGGAACAACUCACUGAACUAUAAUGUAGAACAUUAUCUUUAUGAGCUAUGUUAUGCCAGUUGACUGAGUUGCCCCCCAAGACUAUGGUCCUAAACCCUUGUGAUCGUUAAGGUUGUGUGUCAGUUUGGCUGGCCCAUGAUUCUCAGUGGUUUGGCAGUUAGGAUGUAGUUUGGCAGUCGUAUAUUGAUAUAAUCACUUCCAUGAUGAGAUCUGAUAUAAUGCGAUCACCUCUGUGAUGCCAUCUGCUGUGAGUAGCCAGUCAGUUGAAAGAGAGUUUCCUUGGGGGUGUGGCCUUAUCCAAUAUAGGUGGACUUCCUGCCAAGGCUCGUGGGAUUUUUGCUCACUCUGGAUCCGACAGCAGGUUCCUGUUCAUCUCACCUCUGGUUCUCGGGACUUGAGCUAGCAGCUUACCUGCCAAUCUUGGGAUUUGUCAGCCUUUGCAGCCUGUGAGCCAGCAGCCUGCCAUCUUACCUGCUGAUCUUGGGUUUGCCAGCUCCUACAGCUACGUGAAUCAGGAGAAGCCUCCAGCCUGAUCCAUAGACUUGGGACUUUUCCAGCCUCUACAACCACGUGAGCCAUUUCCUUGAUAUAAAUCUCUCUCUAUAUAUAUAUACAUAUAUUUAUAUGCUUCCUGGUUUUGUUUCUCUAGAGAACCCAGCCUAAGACAUUUGGUGCUGAGAGUGGUUCCAGAGAAACAAAACGGUAAGGAUGAGUUUUCUAAAUUGGUUCUCAAGUCUGGUUAGUCUUAAAAAUGUUGAUGACUCUGCUUCAAGUAGUAAAGAGGGCACUGCUAAUCCAUGGUGUUAGGAGGCAGUAGAAAUUAAACAAAACCUUGCCACCAAUAGAUCAGGUAUUCGUGACAGGCUAGGCUCUGAGUAAUCAUGUGUUUGAUAACUUUCUACGAUUUUGUCAUAAUUAGAAGUACAAGAAAGCUGGUUGGUUGGUCCUAAUUUGGCUAAACAAAGUGGUGAAAGAAAGAGAUGAGCUCAGGGCUUCAGGGUCAAAGCUCAAAUGCCAUAUAAACAACCUCAAAGUUUCCACUUGUGCCUUGAAAGAAAGCCUUGUUUCUUAUAGUAGCAGAGCUGAUAUUGCCAAAAACCAAACCCAGAAUCUUAUCAUAAGAACAGCUGAAUUACAAUACUAACUGAAUUCCCAAACUUGGAUAGUGUCUGAAGUUAAAGUGAGGGCAUUGAUUGGGAAGAAAUGGGAUCCUGAAACUUGGAAUGGGGACAUAUGGUUAGAUAAUCAGGAAGCUAGGGACACUGAGCCCCUAAGUUCCGUUGAAUUAUUCCUUCCAAUAGAACCAACCCUCUCACUCCCAUCUGAAGAGAUUACUCCAUCUUUGUCUACUAAACUGCCCUUCCCAGUAAAACCAUUAGCUCCUCCACGUCAUCUGAUGAGAUUAACCCAGCUGUGUCUGAAGAGCCUUUGUAUAAGUCCUUGCCUGGGGCAUCACCUGAGCCAGAUGCCUUACAAGACCUUACUGAAUGUUUGCAGAACAAAUCCCCACCCCCCAUUUUUUUUCUAGAUCUAUAACUAGACUAAGUCCUAGUGAGCCCCAAAAAGUCAAUUACAAAGCAUGACCCAGGAGGAGAUAUGCUACACUUCAAAAGAACUGCUUGAGUUUCCUAAUAUGUACAUGCAGGGAUUACUGCUACCGUCAAGGACUUAAAGGAUGCAGGGGUGGUGAUUCCCACCACAUCCCCAUUCAACUCACCUAUUUGGCCUGUGCAAAAAACAGAUGGAUUUUGGAGAAUGACAGUGGAUUAUCAAAAACUUAACCAGGUGGUGAUUCCAAUUGCAGCUGCUGUUCCAGAUGUGGUUUCAUUGCUUGAGCAAAUUAAUACAUCUCCUGGUACCUGGUAUGCAGCUCUUGAUCUGGAUAAUGCCUUUUUCUCCAUACCUGUUUUGAAGGACCUACAGAAGCAGUUUGCCUUCAGCUGGCAAGGCUAGCAGUAUACUUUCAGUGUUCUACCUCAGAGGUAUAUCAACUCUCCAGCCCUACAGUCCUCGGGGACCUUUCUCUUCCACAAGACAUCACACUGGUCCAUUAUAUUGAUGACAUUAUGCUAAUCCUACCUAGUAAGGAAGAAGUGUCAAUGACUCUGGACUUGUUGGUAAAAUGUACUAGAGAGUGGGAAAUUAGUCUGACAGAAAUUCAGGCGCCUUCUAUCUCAGUGAAACUUGUAGGGCUCCAGUGGUUGGGGCAUGUCGAGAUAUUCCUUCUAAAGUGAAGGAUAAGUUUUUGCAUGUAGCCCUUCCCACAACUAAAAAGGAGUCACAAUGCCUGGUAGGCCUCUGGAUUUUGGAGGCAGCAUAUCCUUCAUGUGGCUAUGCUUAUCAGGCCUAUUUAUCAAAUGACUCAAAAAACUGCUAGUUUUGAGUAGGGCCCAGACCAAGAGAAUGCUCUACAACAGGUUCAGGCUGCUGUGCAAGCCACUCUGCCACUUGGGCCAUAUGACCCAGCCAAUCCUGCUUGAAGUGUCAGUGGCAGAUAGAGAUGUUGUUUGGAGUCUUUGGCAGGACUCUGUCGUUGAAUCACAGCACAGACCCUUAGGAUUUUGCCAUCCUCUGUAAAAAUAACUACUUUUUUGAGAAACAACUUUAGGGUUGUUACUGGGCCUUACUAGAGACUGAACAUUUAACCAUGGGCCACCAAGUCACCAUGCAGCCUGAGCUGCCCUUCAUGAACUGGGUGUUGUCUGACCCACAGAGUCAUAAAUUUGGACUGCACAACAGCACUCCCUCAUGAAAUGGACGUGGUAUAUACAAGAUCAGCCCCAAGCAGGACCUGAAGAUACAAGUAAGUUGCAUGAGGAAGCGCCCCUAAUACCCAUGAUUCCACUCCUGUCACAUUACCUUCCAUCUCCCAGUCUGCACCUAUGGCCUCAUAGGGAGUUCCUUAUGAUCAGUUGACUGAGGAAGAGAAAACUCAUGCCUGGUUUACAGAUGGUGCUGAGCGAUAUGCAGGCACCACUCAAAAGUGGACAGUGGCGGCACUACAGCCCCUUUCUGGGACCUCCCUGAAGGACAGUGGUGAAGGGAAAUCCUCCCAAAGGGCAGAACACUGAGCAGUGUACCUGGUUGUUCACUUUGCUUGGAAGGCGAAAUGGCCAGAUGUGUGACUGUGUAGUGAUUCAUAGGCUGUCGCCAAUGGUUUGGCCGAAUGGUCAGAGACUUGGAAGGAAAAUGAUUGGAAAAUUGAUGACAAGAAGGUAUGGGGGAAGAGGUAUGUGGAUAGACCUCUCUGAGUGGGCUAAAGAUGUGAAGAUAUUUGUGUCUCAUGUGAAUGUUCACCAAAGGGUAAACUCAGUACUGGAGACUUUUCACAACAUGUGGAUAGGGUGACGUGUUCUGUGGAAACCAGUCACCCUCUUUCCCCAGCCACUCCCGUCAUUGCCCAAUGGGCUCGUGAACAAAGUGGCCAUGGUAGCAAAGAGGGAGGUUAUGCAUGGGCUCAGCAACAUGGACUUCCACUCACCAAGGCCAACGUGGCUACAGCCACUGCUGAGUGACCAAUGUGCCAGCAGAAGAAACCAACACUGGGUCCCCAGUAUGGCACCAUUCCUUGAGGUGAUCAGCCAACAACCCGGUGGCAGUUUUAUUACAUUGUAACACUUCCAUCAUGGAAAGGACAGCGUUUUGUUCUUGCUGGAAUAGACACUCUGGAUAUAGAUUUGCCUUCCCUGCAUGCAAUGUUUCUGCCAUGUCUACUAUCUGUGAACUUACAAAAUACCUUAUCCACUGUCAUGGUAUCCCACACAUUGCCUUGGGUCAAGUGACUCAUUUCACAGCAAAUGAAGUGCAGCAAUGGGCCCAUGGUCAUGGAAUUCUCUGGCCUUACCAUGUCCCCCAUCAUCCUGAAGCAGCUGGCUUGAUAGAAUGAUGGAAUGGCCUUCUAAAGACACAAUUACAGGGCAGGCGAGGUGGCAAUAACUUGCAGGGUUGGGGCAGUGGUCUCCAGGAGGCUAUAUGUGCUCUAAACCAGCAUCCCAUACAUAGUGCUGUUUCUCCCAUAGCCAGGAUUCAUAGGUCCAGGAAUCAAGAGGUGGAGAUGGGAGUGGUACCACUCACUAUUACCCCUGGUGACCCGCUCACAAAGUUUUUGCUUCCUGUCCCUAUGACUCUAUGCUCUGCAGGUCUAGAGGUCUUAGUUCCAAAGGAAGAAAUUCUCCCACCAGGAGACACAACACUGAUUCCAUUGAACUGGAAGUUAAGAAUGCCAUUUGGCCACUCUGGGCUCCUCAUGCCUCCGGAUCAACAGGCAAAGAAGGGAGUUACUGUAUUGGCUGGUGUGCAUCAAAUAUUUUGUUUUCUUCACUUAUAAAAUAUAAAAUGUAAAUAAGGCUCAUGCAUUUUUAGUUGUAUGCAUGUUAGUUGUAUCAUGUUAGGUGCAAGUAUAACUUUAUAAUGUCUUUAUUCAGAGAUUAUGUAUGCUUUAAUUAGAUGUAUACAGGUGCCAAAUUGAUAAGGGGUGGACCAUGAUGGUUAAGGUUGUGUGUUGACUUGGCUGGGCCAUGGUUCUCAGUGGUUUGGCAUUUAUGAUGUAGUUUGGCAGUCAUAUAAUGAUGUAAUCACUUCCAUGAUAAGUUCUGAUGUAAUGGGAUCAUCUCCAUGAUGGGAUCUGCUGUGAGCUGCCAAUCAGCUGAAAGGGAGUUUCCUUGGGGGUGUGGCCUGCAUCCAAUAUAGGUGGACUUUCUGGGAAGGCUCGUGGGCUUUUGCUUGCUCUGAAUUCUGCAGCUGGCUCCUGUUCAUCUCACCUCUGGUUUUUGGGACUUGAGCUAGCAGCUUACCUUCCAAUCUUGGGAUUUGUCAGCCUUUGCAGCCUGUGAGCCAGCAGCCUGCCAUCUUGCCUGCUGAUCUUGGGUUUGCCAGCUCCUGCAGCUAUGUGAGUCAGGAGAACCCUCCAACCUGACCCAUGGACUUGGGACUUUUCCAGCCUCUACAACCACGUGAGCCAUUUCCUUGAUAUAAAUCUCUCUCUAGGUAUAUUUAUACGGUUCACUGGUUUUGUUACUGUAGGGAACCCAGCCUAAGACAGCUAUCAAACCCAGUAACUCAAUCCUGCAAGGUAUUUGUUUAUGACUAAGAUGUAGCCUGGAAACCCUGGUGGUAUAGUGGUUAAGUGCUGCAGCUGCUAACCAAAGGUCGGCAGUUCGAAUCUGCCAGGCGCUCCUUGGAAACUCUAUGGGGCAGUUCUACUCUGUCCUAUAGGGUUGCUGUGAGUGGAAAUCAGCUUGACGGGACUGGGUUUGGUUUGGUUUU